UUUGCAGGCAACUGCCCGAGUAUCGGCCGUUGCCGUCAUGUUCUCUUAGUUUGUUCACAGCGACCGGCCUGCGACCAUCGAGUUUCCGGCCCCCACACUUGCAAAGGACCACAGCCCCAUUGCCGCGACCGCAACUUUGUUUGCACCAACCCCUCACAUGUUCACUGCGGAAGGGUUUCAUGA